AUCGCUUCACUGUGCUAUUUGACAGAUACAUACCUACAAGUGAAGAGACUCACUGCCACCCCACUCUUCGCACAUAACUCAUCUCGAUCACAAUCGCACAAUGAAGCUCCUUACCAAGGAAGAAGAAGAUGCUCACUACCGCUCCGUCCUCAAAGGCGGCACCAUCGGCGGCGUGCUGGGCCUAGUCGGCGGCGUUGCCGGCGUUCUAGCAUUCAGCAAACGCUUCGCGACAAUCCGCAACCUGACCCUGCCCAUGAAAUCCUUCCUUGUAACCUCCUCCGGCACCUUCGUCGGCAUCAUUGCGGCGGACCACGCGUCGCGCGACUUCGAAGCCUCGCGCAACGCCAGCCAGGCGUGGUACAAGGACCGCAACGAGCGAAUCCGGCAGGAGGAGCUCGCCUCCCUCUCGACGCUCGACCGCGUGACGGCGUGGGCCAAGCGCGAGAAGUACAAGAUCGUGGGCGCGACGUGGGUGGCGUCGAUGGUGGGGUCGUUUGCGAUGGUCAACCGCAACAAGUUCCUCAGUAGCAGCCAGAAGAUCGUGCAGGCGCGUGUGUACGCGCAGGGGCUGACGCUCGCGGUGUUGGUCGCCUCGGCGGCGUUUGAAAUCCAGGACCAGCGCAAGGGGAAGGGCUUGUUGGAUAAGGCCAAGGCGGAGAAGGCGGCGACUGCUGCCGCGGGUCAGACGCAGAAGAGUCAGGAGUUGGCGGAUCGCGAGGAGAGUGGGGAUUUGUGGAAGGAUAUGGUGGCCGCGGAGGAGGAGAGGUUGAAGCGCAAGAAGCAGAGUCUCUAUGAGCAUGAUUACCAGGAGGGGCAUGCUAAGGAGGGUGAGCAGGCCUCUAAGGAGGCUGCGCCUAAGGAGGAGAAGGCUGAGGAGAAGAAGGAGUAACCUACCUUCGUCUGCUGAGAUGUGUCGAUAGACGAGUGGUCUGCGGGCUUGGAUCACUCUGGGGGUGUUUUCCCUUCUGGUCUUUGUGGAAAAAUUUGGGUUCGUGUAUCACGCUUUCUUAAUGCAUUUUCAUGAGGUUCUCUAUCUCUAUAUCAAUUAGUGUAUAACAUCGUGUGUUUCUCAUUACGUCGUUGGGGAUUAUCCUGGUCUUUUAUCCCAAGCAAUCUACACGUGAUGAUUUGCCUAAAGAGGCUGUCUCUAGUAUGGGAUCCGUUGUGAGAGCAUAGCUUAACUUAUUGUCGGGCCGCAGUCUAUAUAAGCAGCUCUUGUAUUAUCUCAUUUCUAAAAUCACAAAACG